GCAUCCGGUCGUCUUAGCGCUCUUUGCAUCUCUUCACACCAACGACCUCUUAGACCUGAAAGCUCGACAGGAGGACAUCCAGCUGAACGACCCGCAGGAAGCGGAGACGAAGAUUCCCGACUACGUGGCCGUGAUGUUGCGGUCUUUGACAGUCUUCCUCGGUAUGAUUCAGGACAUGGUGUCCGAAAACCGGCCACCCUUCGUCCCGAUCAUGGUUACCGAGUUCCUCUUCGACACGUCGCCAGAUGAGAUGUUUACAUUCUGGCAUAUCUUUGCGGAGCGAUUUCUCCGGUCUGCGAAGGGACAGACGUGCACGGACGAAGACAUCGAUGCCACCGUGGACGAGGUACUGAGCGAGGUGAAUUUUGACGAAGAUGAAGACGAUGUCAACCACUGGAUUUGGUAG